AUGACGUUGAUAUUUUAUUUGUUAAAUUUUUUACUGAUAUUUAGAUUUGCAUCUGGUUUUCGGUGUGAUCGAAAACCUUAUGGCUCCAAUACGCAACCUUCAGAACCGGACGGUCGCUUCAAGCUGGAAAUUGUAGGCAUUGACAAUGCUUAUAUUCCUGAACAGCUUUAUACUGUUCAAAUAACGGAAACCGACGGGGAGUCCCACUUUACAAGUUUCAUGAUAUCAGCGGAGGGCGACAUCAAACCAGACCCUAGGAACCCCAGACGGUUAAUAUCGAUGUACCCUGGAGAACUGAGACCUCAAUCGACCACUACUGCUAAAUACAGCGACCGGUGCCUGUAUUCUGUUGAACAAGCUAUGGCUUCCUACAAAACUUCAGUUUCGGUCUAUUGGCAAGCCCCUUCAUCAGGCAAUGGUUGUGUCACCCUACGCGCAAUGGUGGCGAUUAACGAUGAGGUAUGGUAUGAAGACGGAGUUCCUUUGACACAGAAGGUGUGCGAGGAUCUGAGCCAGCCUGAUGAUGUGGCACCGCAACUGAACCUUGAGUGCGGGAUCUGUGAUGAAGCUAAAUAUGAGCUAAGUUUCACCGGAAUAUGGUCGCGAAACACUCAUCCAUACUUAUACCCUGAAAACGACUGGCUGCCAAGAUACAGCGAUCUGGUUGGAGCAUCUCACAACGCAGACUAUACUUUGUGGAUGCCGGGAAACCUGGCGUCCGAAGGAUUUAGAGAUCUGGCUGAACAUGCUAAUUCCAGUGUCCUUGAAGCUGAGAUCCGCGAUAAGAUUGGAGAUGGAGUUAGAACUUUAAUAAAGGGAAAAGGCCAUGGAUACCGUAAGAUGUUUCUUCCAACAUACUCUUUCUUCCGUGCCGAUAAAGAGAACCACAUGUUCUCAGCAGUGGUUGCUUUUACUCCUUCUCCUGACUGGUUUCUGGGAGUUACCAGAUUCGAACUCUGUCAAGAAGAUAACACGUGGUUGAAGGAAAGGGAGCUUAAUCUCUUUCCAUGGGAUGCUGGUACUGACAGCGGCGUAUCUUAUGAAUCUGCUAACAUCGUAACCUACCCUCAAGAUUCGAUAUCUCGCGUAGCAAUGAGUUCGUAUGACAAAAACUCACCGUUCUAUGAAGUAGAUAUGAAGGACAUGCAUCCAUUCGGCAAGUUUCAUAUAAAACUGAUCCGAACUUACCACAGAGAUUGUGAAAAAGAAACUACAGAAGAACCACCAGCAACUGAAGCACCAAACACAUCGGAAGAAGAACCAGCCGAGACGAGUGAGGAGGCUAAGCCGGAGCCUCCAGAGCCAUCCAGGUAUCAAACACAACUAGAUAGCGCCGAGGACGGGCGCGAGUCUCCUUUAGUCACUGAAGCAGAAGUGGUGACUGUAGCUCCAGAAAACUGCCCCAUGUCUAAAUGGCAAGAUUGGAGUGCUUGUGAUGGGGAGUGUGAGGAUGGAAAAGUUGUUGGCAUCCGAUGGAGAGAGCGAUAUCAUCUGGUGGAUGGAAUCCCUGUUGAGAAGUACGAUCCUCAUGCUAAGCAUCAUCCCAGAAAGGAAGUAUCGAAGUACUGUAAGGCUCACGUAGUAACCUUCGAGAAGGAAGCUUGCGAAGAUGAAUGCACCAAUUCGGAAGAAGAGGACGAUCUUACUGUUGAGCGUAGAAUCAUGGCACCCGUGCUUCCUGGAGGAAAGUGGCACUCGAAGCGAAGAGAUUUGAAGAUGAAGAAUAACAUCUACACUAACACAUACAGUCACAAUUAA